CGUCCGUCGGUUCGGCAAUCGGCUCGUCGAGCCUGCUCGGCUUUUCCCGUCGUCCUCCGCGAUAGUUGCUCAGUCACGGCCGUAGCCGGUGUGUGUGUGUGGAAGGUGAAGCCAUGAAGCAGGAAGGCGGCUCUCGGCGCCGCGCCGGGUCGGAGAAGGCCAAGCCGCCGCCCGCGGAGCCCCCUCAGCCUCCCCCGCCGCUCGCCGACGUUGAGAUGCACGAGGAGGCGGCCCCGGCCGAGCCCGCCUCGGGGGAGAAGUCGCAGCGCGAGCUCGACGCCGUCACGCUCGAAGGUGAGGUGGGGGGGAGGGGGAGGCAGGAGACGGGGCGCGCGGGGAUGGGCGUGGCUAGAACGCCUCGCGGCGGCGGCGGCGGCAGCAACCCCCACCUUGUGGGUUCGAUGAGGGCGUGGCCAGCGGAGUGCCGAGCGGCUAUUGGCCGGCCGCGUUGUGUACCUGGAGAAAGGUGGAGAGGUGUCCAUCCACCGCCGGGCUGGAGGGGCGGGGCUAAGCUGCAGCAACGCCCACCUAAAAUAGCCGGGUGUCCCGUGGAAGGGGAGACUUGGAGUAUACAGCGCGGUGCAAGGGGGGGGCGUGGGGGUUUUUAGACAGAAAUAACGCGCAGCAUUCCCGUGUACAAACACCUUGGCCACCUGUGUAGCUUAGGGAGGGCAGCGUGUCAGCAGGUGUUUAAAAAUGUGCGUAAAUGCGCAGAAGAUCCUGCAAUCCUAAUAUCACCACACCGGGAUUUGGGGCAAGGUAAUGGUUUUUAUAUAGCCAAGUUCUACAUCAUGUUUACUUCAGAAGCUUUCACCCCUCUGCUUCCUGCUCUGCAAUUUGCAUCCAAGUAAACAUGUACAGUCACCACUUGUGUGCCUCUUGGAGGAAGAGAUCGAACACACACAAAGUUCAUUGUGAUCAACAACAGGUGAUGCGCUGCUCCAGUUUCCAUCUUCCGGUUGUGUUGGGUUAGCAGGAAUGGACCCUGUAAUAUAACACUGUAACACUGGAAUUCCUUCUCUAAAAAGACUUGCCUGUGCUCAUCCUUGCAUACUAAUUUACAUAUGUUUAUUGAAAGUUCAUUGCAGAGUGGCUUUGUUUGCUGCUGCUAAUUUUCUGUCAUUGUAUGUGUAUGACUGGGCUUUCUCUGUUUUAGAUCUUCUGUUGUUUGGUUGUUAUGAAUCUCCCUGACAACACAUUGAAAAUAAAAAAAGCCAUUGUUUAACGUUUGAAUUCAUUUUCUAUAAACAGCUUCAUUUGGAUACCUAUUUGGGUGGCAUAUUGUGAUCUGUAUGUGUAUAUUAAGAUGGUUGUAUUGCUUGUUGCACUGUGAAUGUGAGCUGAUAAUUUUCUGUUUGCUUUGCUUUUUCCUUUUUUUCUUUUUUUUUCUUUAAUAAAUGUGCAAUAAAAAUUAUUUAGGUUACAGCAAAGUGUGGAGAGAGUAGGCUGGUGAGUGGACCUGCCUGCUGGAAGAAAGUGAGCAUGACUGAACCACUCAGCAGCGCUUUUGUAAUCUAGAUAUUGAUUUCAUGCCAGUGACAUAUUGACUAAGGCUGCAGUCCUGUACAUAGUAACCUGAGAGAAAGUCUCAUUGAACUUAGUGGAGCUUUCUUCUGAACAGACAUGUAUAGGAUUGCACUCUGACCUCUGUAGCACAAAGAUGGGCUGGUUUCUAUAUUGUUGCGGCCGUCCAAAAUGUGUUAGGUUUUUAAAGCAAGCUUUCAACACUCCAACACUACAUACACUCAAAUGGAUAGUGUAAGUGUAUCUUACAAUUUUAAAAGAUGGAGGAGAGUGGUUUUGCAGAGGAGGAGAGGCAGAAGUGGGUCAGAACUGAGAAAGCGGGACCAUCAGAUGUACCACAGGGGUGCAUCCUGGGCAUCCAGAGCAGUUCACUGCAGAGGAGCCUCUGCUUUAAGAUCAAAAGUACAGUCACAUCUUCCACCAGCCCACUCCUUGCCACAGGAGCUAUGGGUUAUUGUGGCAAGUCUUCAUUGGAUGUACGAAGUGGGCACAAAAUUGCUUGCAGCGCCAUGCAUGAGAGCCAGUGUGGAUUGGAAUCCAGUUUACACAUAAAUGGUAGGAAAGUGAUACACUGUUUAUCUGCCCUGUGAGUACAACAGAGAUUGGCUAAAGUUAUCCCAAAUGAGGGAUAUUACUCAUUUGACUUCAAGAAGUGCUCUUGAAUGCACAGCCUUAAUAAUGGUUUUACCAUGGUAAUCUAGUGGGUCUCUAAAGCACUGUUUUUCACUGACAUACUACUUCUACCAAAUGACAUGUUUACUUCUCUGUAACUCCCAAACUGGCCAUAACUAAUUUGGUAGCAUCCCUGAAUCUCGCCUUGAUUCUACUGAAUCUGUCUGGAGCAUUUUCAACAUCGGUACCUGGUGCAUUUUGGCAGCUUCUAGCAUCCCGUCACUGAUGCCUACUUAACAUUGUUUUUUCACCUGACCCAGUGCUACACCAGUACAGACAGUGCUGUAUCAACAGAGAUAGGAUGUUAAAUCGCCACCAUAGCACCACGUAACCCUAGUAAUCAAGCACAUAUAUUGCUCAUGUAGACUCAUCCCCCUAAACUACCCUUCCUAGCAAAUAGCUUCCUUUCAUCAUUGAUUGGGAAUCUGAGGUAACUUGCUGUUUAGAGGCGCUGAGACUCUUGUUUUACAGUCUGUAGGUUGCCUGAUAUAACGCUAGGUGUGUUCUUGGGUUUUGUGGUUUCAGCUCUGUUUUGUUUUGAGGUUUUUGGUCAAAUGUUCAGUUGCUCUAACCGUUGGUAGGAAUUGACCACCACACCAUAUAGCUUAGCCUAUUCAUCUAACGGUGCUGUUUGUUGACCAUUGCAGACAUUAAGGAACAUGUGAAGCAGCUGGAGAAAGCCGUAUCUGGGAAGGAGCCACGCUAUGUCCUGCGUGCCCUGAGAGCAUUGCCCUCCACUUCCCGACGCCUCAACCCCAAUGUGCUCCAGAAAGCUAUCAAUGGCUUUUUCACAUCUAACAGUGCUGUGCGGGACUUCCUCAUUGGCUUCCUGGAGGAGGCAAGUCACAAAGCAGGUUCACAGGAGGUUUGGGUACUCUUACCAAUAAAGCGAGAUGAGCGCCGCAACCCCAGAGUCGUCCACGACUGGACCUUUACCUUUACCUUUUUUACUGAGGCUUGGUGCAUGUUUUGGCGAACUCCCACUUUGGCAUCCUUCAAAUGAUUCUUUGGGGCCCAAUUCAACAUUGCUCUGUGGAGCGCUAGCACCAUUUUGGUUUGCUGCUCAGUGUUGCCUGUGACUGAUUUCAAGAUUUACUAGCCAUUCAGUUGCAAUAAGUGGGCAACAUCUGGUCUCCUUAGGCAUUAAUAUGUAGCAUUCUGUGAGAAUCAGAAGGUGGAGUGGGAUGACACCUUUUCACUGCUCUGAUCACCUCUCUGUCUCUAUGUCACACUUUAUAGCUUAUGGACACGGAAGCUGAUCUACAGUUCCGGCCCCGCACAGGAAAGGCAGCCUCUACUCCUCUUCUGCCAGAGGUUGAAGCAUAUCUCCAGCUACUCCUGGUCAUCUAUCUGAUGAAUAGCAAGCGCUACCAAGAGGUAAUGCACCACCUGCUCUUGUGUGCCUCAUUCCCCAGUGGAAAGCAAAGAACUGCCAGUGUUUGGAUAUGGAUCUAGAGGGAGGGCAGAGAAAUAAGCGAGCAAAAUUAGACACUAUCCUUCAUCACUUUCCUCUCAACCCAGACCCAGCUAGACACUUAAAAGCUGUAGGUUCAAACACAAAAUCUUAACUUAGAACACCAAGUCUUGGUAUAGACUUGGGUGAACUCUGUUUGGAGAUGAACAAGGGCUCUGCUAGGCCAAUUCUGACCCAGUAAUUUAUGGCAGCCUGCUUUGCUUCCACCAAGAAUAUCCAUGAGGGGCAUAAGGGGUUCUUCUUGCAGACCUUGUUUCAAAACUUGCGUUUUUAAACAAGCACAUGUUGCCCUGGAGCCCUAAGUGUCACUGUGAGGAACUCAUCUUUGCAGCCUUGCAAGCCCACCACAUGAAUUCUCUCUCCAUCCAGGCCCAGAAAGUUUCAGACGAUCUGAUGCAAAAAAUAAGUCCUCAGAACCGCCGAGCCCUUGAUUUGGUGGUGGCCAAGUGUUACUACUACCACGCUCGCAUCUAUGAGUUCUUGAACAAGCUGGAUGUGGUGAGGAGGUAAGCUUUUGAUGUUGCAAUUUUCUGGCCUCCUUCUUUCCUCCUCCAUAAUAUUCUUACCCCAAGCAUUCUCCUGACACAGCCUCUCUCCAUUCCUUCUUUCAAAGCUUCCUUCAUGCCCGCUUAAGGACAGCGACACUUCGCCAUGAUGCAGAUGGCCAGGCUACCCUCCUGAAUCUGCUGCUGAGGAACUACCUUCACUACGACCUCUAUGACCAGGCAGAAAAGCUGGUCUCCAAAUCGGUGUUCCCUGAGCAGGCAAACAACAAUGAGUGGGCCAGGUACCUCUACUACACAGGUGAGAGUCGGCACUUCACUUUUUGAGGUCCUGGGUGGCCUGGGGUCAAACAUGGAGCUCAAAAUAGGCACCUGUGUAACUGGUAUUAUGUCAUCAUAUCUCUCCCUGCCCGCCCCCCAAACACAAAAACUGAAAUAGCCAAUCCCUUGAAAAGCUUAGGCGUGCUAGCCUCUCCCAUAAUCUAUUUUGUUCUGCUGGCAAGAGGAAGACACAGGUUUUCUGUGCAGAACAUGAAACCCCCAUUUUCCCUCUGAUUUCUGAGAUUCUUCAACAGUUACACAAGUGUUUUCAAUGAUGCCAAUUUCAAAACCAGAUAACACAUUUGACACCUGUCUGUUGUUGGCACUGACAUCCAGGUUCAUAUGCGAACCCAUCAAGCAACCUGUAGUUUAAGUCUUUUAAUCUCAGGAUUGUGGGUUUGAGCCCAACAUUGGACAAAUGAUUCCUGCAUCCUAGGGGUCAUACUGGAUUACCCUCGCAGUCCCUUCCAACUCUACAAGUCUAUGAUUCUAAGGUUGGUUGGAUUAAGAUUCUGACAACGGAGAAAAACUUUAACAUGUUCAUUUUACCAGCUGCUUAAGGGCUUCAGGGCAGUUUCUCCCUGCCCGCUGUACUUUGUGUUACAGUGUUUUUCUACAAAAGCUAUUGAUUCACUUAUUUUCACACAUACUGCUUUUCUUCCAAAUGGGGAACUCGAGGCAAAUUACAAUUUUAAAACCAUAAUGUGGUGAAACAAAUACCGAAAAUUCAGCCCUAAAAACAUGUGCAGGGGCUCCUGGUACAUGCAUUGCCCAGAGACAGGAAGCUGUUACCUGCACUUCUGCAGGAGGUGCGUAGAAGCAGCUUAGUCCCUCAUUAGCUGGGUUUUAUAUUUGCUGCACUCCAGGGAAUGCAGCUGAGAACCUUCAACUCUCCAUCGGCUGUGUAAGGCAUAGUAUACUUGCAAAAGGGAGGAAGUAACAAAGUGAUGAACAUUAAAAAUGUAAAUGAGAAAACAGGUCACUAUUUUCAUCUGCUAUUGUUAUGCUGCUCAGUAUUCAGUGAGACAUAAGGUGGAGAGGGUAACAAAGCUUUGAUUCACCCGGGACAACAAAGAACUUUGGGCCAGACUUGGCUAGGGUAGCCCAGAUUUGCCAGUACAUGAACCGAGUGCCGUUUUUGCAAAGUGUAAGUUCCCUGCUAGCCACAAACCACAUGGAGAAUAAAGAUGGGCAGGAUCGGCAUAGGUGGCACAGUGCCCAAGAGUGACUGUAGCAAAUAAGCCUUUCUUAAGGAACCUCCUAUCCCGUUCUCCACUCCACAGAUUCCUGUGCAGUGCAAAAUCAACCAUGGAGGGAGGUGUUCUCUGGAGGCAGCUUUAUCUUGUUAUAUCUCUGGCAGGCCGUUCUAGUGCUGAUCUUCUAUCCUUUUCCAGGACGCAUCAAGGCCAUCCAGUUGGAAUAUUCUGAAGCUCGGAGAACCAUGACAAACGCCCUGCGGAAAGCGCCACAACACACAGCUGUUGGCUUCAAACAGACGGUGAGUGGAGAUUGCACCUCCAGGUGGCGCUGUGGAGCAGCGAGGAAAAGGGAGUGCGUCUGCUACUUGUACACAGAGCUCUGCGCAGUCCCGAGUCUUGCUUUGUGGUUGAGACAGCAGGACAAAACCACGUCUCUUGCAUCUGUGCCCUAGGUCCAUAAGCUGCUGAUAGUGGUGGAGCUGCUAUUAGGCGAGAUCCCAGAUAGACUGCAGUUUCGGCAGCCGUCUCUGAAGAGAUCUCUCAUGCCGUACUUCCUCUUGACGCAGGGUAAGUGGCGCAGCUGGUGAAGACGUAGCAGCCCAACGGUACUGCAGCCCUGGAAUCCCAACAAAAAACCCUAGGAUGUGGAAUAAACACUCUUUAGUAACAAUGCAGUUCAAACCCCCCCCCUCCAUUUUAAGUGAUUUUAGCAUCUCUCUUACUAGACAGUCCAUUUGAAUAUUUAUUUCUUGCAUUUAUAUUCCACCUUUUAUCCAAGGGGGGUGUACAUGGUUCUCCCCCUCCUCAUUUAAUUCCCAAAUCAACCCUGUCAUGCUCUUAGAAUCAGUAACCUCUUUGAUUUGAAAGGUGUUGCACUAAAUGUUCUUGUUGUCUUUUCACAUAAGGUGUGCAUAAUACAGUGAAUUUUUUUAGCAGAGGGCGGCCCUUGUGGGCACAGAGCAAUGGCCCACUUCCCAUCCUUCAAGCACCACCAGCCAUGCAAAACUGGUGGGGACAGUGUGCGCACAGCAGUGCCCACCCACAAGCACUUAAAAAGUCAGGGUGAUGGUUUGUUUGAGUUGGCAACACAUACCCCUUGUACUUUGUACUCAGUUUUGUGGUGAAGCCCUUAGACACACUGCAGACUAAUCCAAGGCCUCAGCAAGGGGAUAAAUUUACUGGAGCGCAGGAGAGGGAGUUAGAAUUCCUAGGCUGCAGUUACUUACACACGUACAUGCACACACCACAUGUAUGUGUGUGCAUGCAGACCAUACAUCUGUACACCAUGUUUCGCCUUUGUCAUCUCUUGAAUCUCUCUUCUUUCCUCGCAGCUGUUCGGACUGGGAACCUGGCCAAGUUCAACCAAGUCCUUGAUCAGUUUAGUGAUAAGUUCCAGGCCGAUGGGACAUACACCCUCAUCAUCCGGCUGAGACACAAUGUGAUUAAGACAGGUGAGCGACCACCAAAUCCUCGAGUCAUGAUAUGAUACCACAUCUCAGGACAACAUGGGGGAUUGGGUUUGGAACGGUGUUUGAAAUCCCAACUCGGCCGCACAUCCACAAACAUGGGAAGCUGCCUUCUUCUGAGCCAGACCACUGGUCCAGCUAGCUCUGUAUUGUCUACACUUAACUGGCAGUAGCUCUACAGGAUUUCGGGCAGCAUUCUCUCCCUGUCGUACCUGAAGACUCUUGAGCUUUGAACCUGGGACCUUAUUCCUGCAAAAGCAGGUGCUCUGUCACUGAGCUUGAUCUGUCUUCACUAUAAACUUCUGGGUUGCUACUGAAUGUAUCACCUUCCUUUGGGGUGUGCGGGUGGCAGGCAGGUCCCUGCUCCUGCAGAAGCUGCCCCUUGAGCCAGAGGGAAAAGAUGGCAGAUACCUGGUGGACGCCCCUUAAGUGUGUUCACCCCAUUUGCACUUUUUAAAGGUUGCCUUUCUGUCUCUUGUGUAGGUGUCCGCAUGAUCAGCCUUUCGUACUCGCGCAUCUCCUUGGCUGACAUCGCCCAGAAGUUGCAGCUGGACAGCCCAGAGGAUGCUGAAUUCAUUGUUGCCAAGGUGAGUGCCUGCAGCGUUGCCUUGGUUACUGAGUUGAAUAGGAAUCCCUACUUACCCUCUCACUUGGUGAGGCUGUUAAAGCUCUGACCACCUCUGGGUCCUGAAACAAAUGCCAUGAUGUAUCUGCCAAGGAUUAGGGGUUUAUCCUUCAGUAUCUCACAAGAUACUGAAAAAUACCAGGGGUUGGGCCACCAUACUCCAGAUAACUCUAAGCUCUGAUUUCCCGGCAUAGAAUAUACAAGCUCUAAAUGUGUGCGCAGGAAAUAUGUGAGGGACCUUUUGGCAAUACGGACUGUCAGGUAAAGGCUCACACCCGUUUCUCCUCCUCAUUCGGCCCUGUUUAGUAUUAGCCCGUCUCUGCCCACAGUCUACACAAUGAGCAACUGGGUGAGGCAGUUCGAUACCAGCCUCAGUCGCAGACUAUGAAUUCCCUCAAAGUUCCAAAGGAUUGAGAGGUUUUUGCGGUGUGUUUUGUGUCUUAGUCAGCCCUGUUCUUGUGAACUAAUAAAAUAGGAGGCAGUUCUGAAUGUGUGGUGGUGAAUGCUUUUCCCCAGAAAGACCCACCAUAACCCAGCUGGAAUGUGAGGGUAUGGCCUUUUGGAAGACUUGCCUGUCUCUCAAUGCUGGAUUAAAAUCUUAGCCUAGAAUCAUAGAAGGGACCCCGCCAAGGGUCAUCUAGUCCUACCCCCUGCAAUGCAGGAAUCUCAACUAAAUCAUCCAUGACAGGUGGCCAUCCAUCCUCUGCUUAAAGGCCUCCAAGGAAGGAGAGUCCACCCCUUUCCACUGUCAAACAGCUUCUUACCACCAGAAAGUUCUUGAGCCAGAAUCUCCUUUCUUGUAACUUGAAUCCAUUGGUUCGGGUUGUAGCCUCUGGAGCUGGAGAAAACAGAAUCAUAGAACGGAAGAGUUGUUUGCCUCUUGUGGAUGUAGUCACUGGAAGGCAACUGAUGAUGUGCUGCCUUUUCCCCAGGCCAUUCGGGAUGGCGUGAUUGAAGCCAGCAUCAACCAUGAGAAGGGCUACGUCCAGUCCAAGGAGAUGACUGACAUCUACUCCACACGGGAGCCCCAGCUGGCCUUCCACCAGCGUAUCUCCUUCUGCCUCGACAUUCACAAUAUGUCUGUCAAGGUAAUGGAGCAAGUGUGCAGCAGUUAUCUUACAGCGGGCAUUCCUGGGCCUGCCUGCAUUUGCACUGGAUAAAAAAGUGGGACUUCAGUCCUGCUGUUGGAACUCUUGCAGCGUGGUCCUAGGCAUGUUUACUCAGAAACAAGCCCGUUGUUUGCAUUGUUUGUACUUCUGCCAUUGAAAGUCCCUAUGGCGAAGUUUCUUGCCGUGAGGCUGCCUUCCAAUUCAUAAUUGCCUUCCUUUUCUUAUUCCCUGCCACUGUUUCUAGGCUAUGAGGUUCCCACCGAAGUCUUAUAACAAGGACCUGGAGUCUGCAGAGGUGAGGAUUCCCAAGCCAUGUGUACAUUGCACUAAAGGGAUUAAAAUUCUGUGCCAAGAAAGCUGGAUUCUGUGACCUAUAUAAACUAUGUAAAUCAAGCAUAUUUGCACCAUUUAAUCCAUCGUGUUUGCUCUUCUGUGCAAUUUAUUAUAGUUUCACUAGACAGAAAGGGGCAAGGACACUGAAGCCCUGCUAAAAUACUUCAGCAGCUUUCUGUGAUUGCCACAGAUACCGCCCGCUUGCUUUCAAACAUAUUUUCAUAAUCAAAGGCUAGAUUCUUAAAAAAUGAAAGUUGUUAUCGGUAGGAGUUAACACAUCUUACAGCUCUUUGAAGUUUUUCUUGCAUCAGAUUCAGGCACACCUGCCUCCUUGUUUUCUAGGGUUUACAUUUCCUUGUUUUUCUGUAAAUACUUUGGGUUUGUCUUUGCUUGUACAAAAUCUGAAAGAGACACGUUAGUUUUGUAUGCUGAUGUACUUGUUUAGGACCCCUUUUAAACAAACCAAAUGCGCAGAGAGGCAUGUCUGUGGGAGGUGGGGUGAGGCAGACUAGCCUCUGUGACCCCACAGCCUCCCUUGUUCCAUUGUGGGUGGGUUUUCAACAUUUUGAUGCUCUAAGUAACUAAAGUGUCGGGCAAGCCACAGGAAGAGUGCUGCUUGUUGUUUCAGUGUGGCCAAAAUAGUAGCCAGCAACAUAAAAGUGUGCAUCUUUUACAACCUCGUUCGUUCAGAGUAAAUAGCCCCAGAAGCAUAGUUCUUAUUCAGUUUAAAGAUAUAGUUCCCCUAUAAUACAUAUUUACCCAUAGGAACUUUAAAGAAGAGAAAUGUGACAUGUUCUCUAGGAAAUAAUCUGUGCUCUUGUUCGUGGGGUUGUAUGAGAUGCCAUCCUUCAGCUCUCCUUUUAGGGAAGUGCCUUUUCAUCUCAACCUGCAGAGCUCCCAUUCACACGGUUCCCUUUUGCUUUGCAGGAGCGCCGGGAGCGGGAGCAGCAGGAUCUAGAAUUCGCCAAGGAAAUGGCAGAGGACGACGACGAUGGUUUUCCUUGAUGCUCUGGGGGAUGGCUGCAUAUAUAUUUUUUUGUUUUUUUGUUUCUUGCCCAAUACAAACCAUUGUCUACUGGCUGAAACCCAGAACUUGCCUUUCUUUCUAUAUUCUGCAUGUUUGGGGGUGGUGCAGAGGGGGGGAAACCAAAACCCUCUUGCUGCUUGUGGUGGAGGAAGCAGCACCCCAGAUUAAAGGGGUGGGCCUCCCUCUAAACUAAAGGCCACUUUGUGGUUUUCAGUCAUGGAUGUACCUGCAAGGGCCUAAAUGAAUUCACAGUUGUCCUUACCGGUUUUUAGGUGGACGAAUGGGGGUGGGGGAGACGAAUCUGGUGGCACUGUGAACACCUCUUCAGCUCUAGCUGGCAGAGCAACUGCAGUUGGAGAUUUUUGUCAAACUUUGUUUAGGGCUUUUAAAUAAAAGUUUGGGGGAAAUGGAAUGUGCCUUUUGUCCAGGUUGAUGUUCAGUGCAGCAGUCUCGGGGUCUUUGGAAAGGUGGGAGCUUUCUCUGCUUAGUAGACGAUGGCCUGGAAAUUUGAGAACUCUGCAAAUUUGGCCGCCUGAUUGCUCACCUUUUCUUUCAGAUAAGUUGUGAACAUUUGUCCUAAUACCAAUUAUGAACUGGCCCUGAUACAAAUAGGUUUUCCCAAGGAUCUGUAACUUCCUCCUUGUGAGAACUGUCCAUUUACUAGUACCUUCCGUUUCCUGUUCUUUAACCAGUUACUAACCCAUAAGACGAACUGCCCUUUUAUCCCAUGACUGCUAAGUAUCCUUGGGAGCCUUUGGUGAAAGUUCCAAGAAUAUCAUCAACCCCUUGAUAUGUUUGGAGGUCUUGGAUUAUGCCUGUUGAAGAUGUCCCUAAGUUGUAGUAGCACUGACUACACAUGUCUGCAGAGGCCAAAUCUAUUAUUUUCAACCAACCUACUCUCUGAAUAAAGCAGCAUUUGUUAACUGAUGAUGCUCAUUUGUGACAGCUGCAACCGCUAAUAUUGAUUCAUUUAUUAAAAGGCAUAAAAGCAAGGCAUGCUCCCCUUGCCUAACCCUGCACACAGGCUUACUAAUUAAUCCUUAAUUUGAGCCAGAAACCUAUUUCCAGUGUUGAAACCUCACACCUACAUGCCGCUAAGUACCAGCAAUGAAGGGUACUCUUAAAUUAUCUGUGGCUUGCUUGUGACUUUGGCCACAAGCUCUCAGGGCUAUCUAAAAAUGUAACACAUAAAAAAAUAAUUUUUCCAACUUGUCCAAAUUUAUUGUGUUAUUACUCCCAACACAUUUUACUUUUCAUUUAUUACGUGUACGGAAUGCACUUUUAUUGAUAAUCCCAGAACAUUCACUGAAUAAUGAACAUGGGGGGAAACUUCCCUUAUUAAAAUUUGGCAAUAUCCUCUUUGGAUUUAAGAAGCUGCUUUAAUCAGAAUCGGGUCUCUGGUCCAUCUAUUUAGGCCUUCGCUUCUGCAACUGGCAGCAGUUUAGCGACAUCUCAGGCAGGCAGGGAAGCAUCUUUCUCAGCCUUGCUGCCUUUGACAUCAUUGAGCAAGGACCAUCCACAGGCAAAGUGUUAUAUUCUACCGUGUAGCACUGGUAUUUAUUUGCAUUCUUUCCACCAUGAAUUGAUAUUCUAUAGGGAAAAAAGCAACCAGCUAUAAUCUUCCUCUUCUUUAAGUUUUCUUUAUUUUAAGACCUGCCAUCCACAAAAGGACUUUUUUUUAAAAAUGGCACCAGUGUUUGUGGACAAGUGUAUCAGCCUCACGGUUCCCUGCUGGGUGUGAUGGUUGUGGUCUAGAUAGACUGGCUGAUAACAAGUGGGAGGAAUCUGCAGCAAGGAUUUAUAUUGUAGGCACCUAUGACACUGGGAUAUGCCAUGUGAUCCUAGAAGCAAUAUUUAGGUUCCUAGGUAGGAUGUUGAAAUCCAAGACCUUUCAGAUGCUACCUGUUCCAAGUGUCAUGGCUGCCUGCUUCCGCCCUCAGCAUUCAGCGCUGAGAUUCAGAUCUGCGUUAAGCCAUAGCUGCGCUUUGUAUCUCAAUGGGGUGGGUUCUGUCUUCACAUUGGUUAACAAAAUCCAGGACCAUGAGCCAGGAUCAGACCCUUGCUAAGCUAGAUGCAAUCCAUAAUUGUGCCAUAGGAGGAACUCUACUAGCCUGUGGCUUCAUAAACCAUGGUAUAAGUUUAUAGCAGUGAUGGAGAACAAUCACUGAUGAUGAUGAUGAUGAUGAUGUCUGACUUCCAACUCUGAUCAGCUGCAGCAGCAUGGAGUUGGAGUCUUAACCAUAGCUGGAGAGCUGUAGGUUUCCCAAGCCUGUGAAACCAAUAUGGGGAAGUUGUGGUAUGCUAAACAGGAACACUGGUAAUAGGAAUAAUGGAAGCGUGAUGGGCUCCAGAGAAGAAGUGGGAUACAAUACAGAUUCUAUAGAACGUUCAUGGAAGGGUGUGUCAAGGGUGAUACGGUUCUUUGUGUCAAAGAGUGCAUAAACGAGAACAUUUUAGCAGACUGGGUGGUAAUACCAGACUAAACAUAAUUCUGAACAGACGAGAUCCUAUCAAUUCUUAUCCUGGACCAAAAAACUGUGGGUGAACUUCAGAGUGAGAAAAGUAAUUGGGCAGUCAAAGGAGAAAGUGCAAUAAUGGGUGACACCAUUACCCUUACAUAAGCUAAGUAAAUGCAUGUUUGUGUCAUGAUAAAGGCACAACAUAUUUAGAAUAGAUGCCCUAAAUGUGACAGUGGGGUUGGUCACCCAAAGGAAAUGACCCUGGACUCAAUCCCGAGAGGUGACCAGAACAUGGUGUGAGAUGUAAGAGUUGGUGAGCCCAUUUGGGAACAGCCGCUAGAGUGCUAUCAAAUUUAAGGCAUAUGUUGCUUCUAGCAACAUCACACGUUUUUCCAUUAACAUCACUGAUUUCAUGAUGUCAGCUUUGCUGAGUGAAGCCUGAUGUUGCACAUUUCGUUGCUCCCCUCCCCUGGGCAUCCUGGGGGGAAAUUUUAGACAGUCCUGGAUUUCCCAAGAUGGAUUGAUCACAGGAUAUAGAAAGGAUAUGUCUCCAGGCUCUGUCAUGCGAAAAGCUUUCCCUGAUGAUCAGUUUGUAGAGUAAUAAAAGCACAGGGUUCUUGGAAUUUUCCUCAAGGUGGUGCUUCCAGAUAUUGCACAAACUCUGCUGACUGUAGGGAUGGUUCACAUGUUAUAUUACAGGCACACCUAAGGCAAUAGUAAGUGUACGCUUGAAAAUGUAAACUGAAUAUGGCAAACCAAUAAUUGCCAAGAGGUACUCCCAUCACAGGACAGACUAAAGCAUAAUAAAGUCACUAUUGCUGUGUCUAG